GGAUUUCUCCCUCUCUUUCUCUCGUUGUUUUUGGGUUUGGUUUUUUUUGUUUGUGUUUUUUUGUUUGGUUGGUUGGUUUUUGUUUUUUGGUGGGUUUUUUUGUUUGUUUGUUUGUUUUUAAAUACUGUUCUGGAGAAUUCAAAGCAAAACAAAGAAACUUCCUCCUCUAGAGCUGUCACUGAGAAAAGGACGAGUUGUGCAACUGGUUUGGGAUUUGCAAAAAGGCAAGAGGGUGGGGAUCAGAAGAAGGUGCAAAGACACAAAGUACCUUUCUGCAUCUAAGAUGGUGAAGAAAGGAGUGAGGAAGAGAACAAAAUAACUACUGGAAAGUCUCAAACAAGGGAGGACUCGAAGGAUUAAAAGGCAGCAACUUCUGAGGCGAUUUGUCCCCUGAGUUAUGGAUGUUGGUGCACUUACUUCAGGCCAGAUCAGAGCUCAGAGGAAUCUAACCAGAAGCAGCAACCACCGUCUCUCCACUUGCCUUUUACCAGGUUUUACCCUUCCAGUAUGUUUCAUUUGAUAAGACAUUUUCCAGCGCCCAGAGUUUCAGUACAAUGUGCAAAUGGAUACUGACAAAUGGUGCCUCAGCCUUUUCCCACCUGCCUUGUUGCUGCUUGCUGCUGCUCUUCUUGGUGUCUUCUGUGCCUGUCACCUGCCAUGACCUCGGCCAGGACAUGCUGUCCCCGGAGGCCACCAACUCCUCUUCUUCAUCAUCCUCCUCCUUCCCCUCGUCCUUCUCCUCUCCUUCCAGUGCGGGGAGACACGUGCGGAGCUACAAUCACCUCCAAGGAGACGUGCGCAAGAGGAAGCUCUAUUCUUACAACAAGUACUUUCUCAAGAUCGAGAAGAACGGCAAGGUCAGCGGCACCAAGAAGGAGAACUGCCCGUUCAGCAUAUUGGAGAUAACAUCUGUAGAAAUUGGAGUUGUGGCAGUUAAGUCUAUUAAGAGUAACUACUAUUUAGCCAUGAACAAAAAAGGAAAAGUCUACGGCUCUAAGGAGUUUAAUAGCGACUGCAAAUUGAAGGAAAGAAUAGAAGAAAAUGGAUAUAACACAUAUGCGUCCUUAAAUUGGAAGCACAAUGGAAGGCAAAUGUUUGUGGCUCUGAAUGGGAGGGGAACCACGAAGAGAGGACAGAAAACAAGAAGAAAAAACACUUCAGCUCACUUUCUUCCUAUGGUAGUCAUGUCGUAGAUGAACAAACUAUUUUUUUGGUGCAGCUGAACCAAAGGCUGUUAUGUCAAGAAUAUUUGGUAAUUCUCUUAAAAGGUAGAUGUGGAGAAGUAGCACAGACAUCUGCAUGUUUGAAACGAGAGCAGGUGAAGCCUUUGAAGGUUUUGUACUUAUUGCUGGCACAUGAAAUACCUUUAUUUAGUUUGUUGUCGUAUCUUAUAAUCAAAAUGAAGCUGGAUCAAAGGGGAUGGAAUUUAUUGCCAGUGUGAAC